AAUGUCCCUUCAUUGCGGUGACGUUGACAGCUGUGUAUCGUUGUUUACUAACGGUAACCACUAACCCUAACUUACCCGUCCGAGUAACUUAACGUUAGUUGUCCACCUUUGUUAAAGCUCGUCUGUUGCGGGUUAUUGACCGUCGGGGUCUUCUCUCUCUGAAUAACGGGGCAGCGAUGAGUAGCGGUGCACCGGUCAGCCGGUCAGGUUUGCUUUAGACCGGUUUAGAAACUGGUUCACUGGAAACUCUCCAUUUUCGAGGCUGCCUAGAGCGGACGCAUAACUUAAGUAGGUGCCAAAAGAAAGAAGAGAGCUGUUAUGACGAUGGUUUCCCUCGCUUCAGUUGUUUUGUACCACUGUUGCUAUUCGCAGGACGCUUUUUUUAGCUAGCACACUUGCCGGUGGUUUAGCUACUGUGGCCAGCGACCAUUGGAGUAGUUUUCGUCGCCAGUCUUUGUCCGUGCCUUUGUCAGCUAUGGAGACCGCUCAGGUGACUGUGGCUGUGAGAGGAGAAACAUCCCCAGGGGAGGUGAUUGCAGUUGUCGGUAGCUGUGAAGCCCUGGGGAGCUGGAGCCAUGAAAAAGCUGUGACCUUGCAUCCUGAUAGUAAUGAUGGAAAUAUGUGGACUACAACAAUCACUGUGCCUAAAGGAGUGGUUUCCAAGUACCGCUAUUUCAAAGGCUUGUUUCUGGAGUCGAAGCUCAUCAACAGGAAGUGCAGAAACAGAUUUCAACCCAUGGUGGCUGACUGCCCUAAGUGGGAAUUGAGUGCAGGUGGUCCCAGUCAAGUGAUAGUCAAUAAGUGGGAGACCCAUCAACAGCCCCGCACGAUGAGCCCCACAGCGUCACAGCAGACAAUUGAUGAUGGACAAUUUGGAAUUCAGAAUGGGGUGAAUUGUGUUGACUCUGGUUGGCUCACGUGCCAGACAGAGAUUCGCCUGCGUCUGCACUAUUCUAAGGUGCCUCCAGUGUCUAUCACUAAGAAGAAAUUCAAGAAUUCUCGCUUCAGAAUCAAGCUGACAUUAGAGGGCAUUGAGGAGGAGGAAGACGAGGAGGAAGAUGAGCCCAGUCCUUCAUCUUGGCACAAAAUGACCCCCACUCUGGAGAUCAGUGUGAUCAGUGCCAAUGGUUAUAAGUCGCGUCACUCGCAGCCUGAAUGUGGUUAUGGACUGGACCCCUCCCAGUGGACUGAGUACAGUAUCCAUACCAUGGACCCAGACAACCUGGAGCUCACCUUUGAGUUCUUUGAGGAGGACCUGAGUGAACAGGUAGUCCAAGGGGAUGCCCAUCCAGGACAUGCGGGCACAGCUUGCCUCCUCUCCUCUUCUUUUUUGGAGACUGGUAAGGACAACGGAGUAGCCACACUUCCCAUUAUGGGUCGAAAUUCCAGACAGACCAUUGGAAAAGUCAGAGUGGAUUACCUGGUGAUCCGGCCCAUCCAAGGGCUACAGUGUGACAUGAGCUCCUCGUUCACCAAGUACUGGAAGAAAAGAGGCGCUCUGAAUGUGGGGCACAGAGGAGCUGGCAGCACCCACGCAGCCAAGCACCAAAGAAUCAGGGAGAACACAAUAGCCUCAUUUAAAAGUGCUGCCAACCAUGGGGCAGCCUACGUAGAGUUUGAUGUCCACCUCUCCAAAGAUGAUGUUCCUAUUGUAUACCACGAUCUGACAUGCUGCAUAUCCACCAGGAAGAAAAAUGACAAGACUUCUCUCGAGUUUAUUGAGGUGCCAGUCAAAGACUUGACAUUUGAUCAGCUGCAGCUUCUGAAGCUGGCCCAUGCCACUGCGAUAAAAGGAAACAAUGACAAAGAUCUGCUGGACGAUGAAGAUGAAGUCGAUGAGCAUCAGCCAUUCCCGUCGCUCUCACAGAUUUUCCAAGCUAUUCCUGAGCAUGUGGGCUUCAACAUUGAGCUCAAAUGGAUCUGCCAGAUGAAGGACGGUACAUGGGACGGCAACCUAUCGUCCUACUUUAACAUGAAUAAGUUCCUCGACAUCGUCCUGUCCUGUGUUCUGCAGAAAGGUGGAAAAAGACGCAUUGUCUUCUCCUGCUUCGACCCAGAUAUCUGCACAAUGGUGCGUCAGAAGCAGAACAUGUACCCCAUCCUCUUUCUGACUCAGGGAAUUUCAGACAAGUAUCCUGAGCUGAUGGACAUCCGCUGCCAGACUACUCAGAUCGCCAUAAGUUUUGCCCAGAGCGAGAAUAUUCUGGGGAUCAGUGGCCACACAGAGGAGCUGCUAAAGAACCUUAGCUACAUUGCGGAUGCCCAGUCUAAAGGCCUGGUGGUGUUCAGCUGGGGAGAAGACAACAACGACCACGAGAACAGAAGGAAGCUGAGAGAGCAGGGAAUUGAUGGGCUCAUCUACGAUAGAAUUUGUGAAUGCUUGGUCCCGUAUUAUGACUCAAGUUCUUCAGAUUUACCUAUCUGCGAGGAACAAGGAGAGCAGCCAAACAUCUUCAAAGUAGAGGAGCAACACACCCUGCAGGAGGUUAUUACAGAGGAGAUGAGCUCCACCUGUUCCUGCUACUCCAUCCCCUGCUCCAUGGCUCCCUGCAUUGCCUCCAACUCCCAUGCUGGCAGCACUGAGUCCGAUUCUGGCCUCAGCUCCUCAUAAAUGUCCCUUAACUUCUACCUUUCAGUGGACCUCACAGUACAUACACACUCAUGCUGGGAAUGGAUGAUUGAGCAAAAACGUGUUGAAAAGUGACAACUUAGGUUUGCGUGUAUAUAUUCUAAAAUUUGUUGAAGGUUGUUACAAGAUUUUAUCAUUUCUUUCUUUAUACAUGAUCACAAGAGUAAAACCACUUAAACCAUCUCCACUCCACUCUGCUACAGUUACAGAUUGUGUUCAUGGUCUUGUAUCUUCACAAAAGUUUUGUUAUUUAUGCUUUGUAUUAAAAUAGAUGGAUGUUUUGCCAAGAUUUUAAGCCAGUCGUGCAUGUAUUUGUUGUCCUAUUCAGUGAUCAUAACCGGCUGUACCGAGGUGGCAUAAUAGUGGAACAAUGUCAAACUGGGAAUUUAUGCUUGACAGCGGAUAUUUAUUUUGCCAAUAUGUUGCAUCUCUUCAUAGUCUAAGUGCUAAAAUGUAAUUUGUAUGAUAUUUUAAGAGGGUAAACAUUUGAGUGAACUUCGAAUUGUAUGUCAUAAAGUGUAUGAUGCAGGAUUAUGCUGUUUUUCUUUUUCUGCUGUUCUCUCUCUCCUGAUCAUGUAUUCAUUACCUUAAGUAUUACUUUCAUUGUCUUAACUAGCAAUGAGUAAUUCCUACUUAUUGCUAUUUCAGGUAUUGUUAGGUUUACAUACUACACAUUAUAGUACAUGCCUAUCGGUUGAAAGCGCUUGCUCCUCUCCACAGUUUCAAAAUCCUGCUUAUUUACUCGUAAUGAUUAAGACAUUUUAUUUUAAAUGACAUACUGCAUACUGGAAGUACUGUAUCAUUUAUCCCUUUAUCUACUUGAUUUGAGGAAGAGCAGGAGAAUGUUUUAUUUGCAGAAGUGCACAUACAUAUCACAGCCUUAAGGGAAAAAAAUGAUGUCUGUUUCUGUUUUCCUGCCUUUGUUUUUAAACUUUGAUACCUCACUCUUCAUCUAAACUAAACAACUAAACUCAAUUUUAUUGUCAACAGUAAACAAAUGUUUCUGAUAAAUCCACUUUAACAACAACCAUGUUUUUUUUUUAUUGCAUGGCAGAUAAUGUUUUGGCACAAAUUACGGUUGAAAUAGUAAUUUGAACCUUGAAGUGGUGCUUUAGCAUAAUUCAUUGGUAAUGCUGUGUUUUAAAAACAGCAAAACCAUUUCAUUUUAGUAUACUGUAUGUAUAUCUAUCUCAUUGGACAAUCUCUUAACUUAAAACUCUAAUGACAGAGCCAUGCAUGAUCUGUAUACCUGUCUGAAUGAAUAUCCUGAGAGAAUGAACAAGUCUAGUGUAUAAUAUAAACUGCCUCUUCAGGACAGACGAGUGUAAAUGGUAAUGUAAAUAAAAUCAAAACCUAUAUAAUUA